AUCACUCUUACUACAGUUACGCCGGGUGGAACGCCAAGUCAUCGUUCGAUCACCAGUCUUUACAUAUCAGACUAAUCGACGAGAAUGUAGGGAGGGUGCGCCGUGCAACGCCUGACAAAUCGGUGGUGACAACUGAGCAGAAAGAAGACCCACUUAAGGAUCAAUCAUCGGCGCAGCCGCAACCGCAGCAGCAGCAACCACAGCAACAGCAGCAGCAGCAACAACAACAACCGCAGCAGCAACCACCGCAGCAAUCGCAGCAACUGCCAUCGCAACAGCAGCAGCCGCAGCUACAGCAACCGCAACAACAGCAACAAGCUUCGCCAACACAACCAGCGACGUCAAACACGACCAACGCAUCCCCCGACGUAACAUAUUCCACGGCUUAUUCGACCGGCGAAGCCACUUCCACCACUGUACGGCCAUCUGAUUCUAUUUCCAGUCUCAAGCCGGAUUUUAAAAAGAAGGCGUCGCAGGCAGCAAAUCCUGCAACCGACGCGGCGACACUACACGCAUGGGCAAAUCGCACCCUGUCGAUUCGCAAUAUCACCGACGUCGGCGAGGUGGAGCAGCCGAAACCGUCGGCGGCAAAGGACACGGCAGACGAUGCCAUAAAAUCCGACGACAUCAGCGAUAUUUCCAUUAGCAAAUUCUCCGACGUGACUAACACUACGCUUACGCAGAACAACAUCACCAAGACGGUUUACGACACGCAUCAGUAUUACAACAGCACUUUUAUCGUCAACGACGGUAUCUGCAAAAAGUACUGGGUCGACAUGGACAAACACCCGGAUCUUAGGGUCAAUCAUCUGCUUAGUCAGAGCCAUCGACGUGCCGCGACCGUUAAGCUGAAGUUUGAUUUCCCAUUCUACGGCUAUAACGUGCGCAAUAUCACUAUCGCCACCGGCGGUUUUCUCUACACCGGCGACUACGUGCACAGUUGGCUGGCCGCCACCCAGUACAUUGCACCGCUCAUGGCGAAUUUCGAUACCCGCCUGUCGAACGAAAGCUACGUCAAGUACGCUGACAAUGGUACGGCGUUUACGGUCGAAUGGGAGAACGUGGUGCUGCAGGACAGGCCGAAAGCCGGCGCGUUCACUUUCCAGGUGACCUUGCAUCAGAACGGAGACAUCGUGUUCGUCUAUUCGGUGAUACCGCUCCUGGUCGAGAAAAUCGUGGACACGAUGCAUCCCGUCAAGGUCGGCCUCAGCGACGCCUAUAUCAUGGACCGAACCGUGUUCUUCGUACGACGGAAAACCAUUUACGAGUACCACCGUGUCAACUUCAACCGGCAGGACAUAAAGAACUGCACGGUCAUCUACCUGAAAGCAUUGCCCACGUGCCUGAAUUUCGACAACUGCCGGGACUGUUUGACAAAGGUGCCCGAGUUCGAUUGCAAGUGGUGCCGGGAGUUGAACAAAUGCAGCACCGGCACGUCCCGACAGAGGCAGGAGUGGCUGCUGAAGGGUUGCGACGUACGUAACAUCAAGGAGAUGGACAAUUGUCCGGCGCAGAUUACAACCUACAGGGGCGAUCAGUAUGACCACGAUGGCCACGUGCAUCCAGAGGAGUCGAUCGCCACCAACGAGAUGGGCGCGAAGCAAGAGCGAUCGGGCAGCAUAUCUUCCUUGGAGAGCCCUCCUUCGAACAAGGUGAAUAUGGGCGUUUCGGGAAUAAUCGGCAUUCUCACCGUCGUCGCUUUAGUGGUGGGUCUCGCAGGUUGGGGAGUAUACGCUUAUCGCAACCCUCACAGCGCAUCGGGACAGAUGCUGAUCAGGUAUCGUCCGAGCCAAUGGAGCUGGCGAAGAGGCGAAGCUCGUUAUACGGCCGCGACUAUUCAUAUGUGAUGAGGUGUCAACGGAGAUCCAGUCACAGUCAAUGCGAAACUGUUGAGUAAAUUUCCUAUUAAUUGUAGCCGAGCGUGUCGGGUAAGUCUGCGGGAGUGCAACGCGUCGCAGAACGUCUACUCGCGAUGACCCCGUUGCUCGUCAGGUUUGCGUCAUGCUUUUCUCAUGCGACGAAUUCCAGGCGGAAUGGAUUAAUUGACAAGCGACAAGCGAACAUACCCUUUCAAUUCUUCUAGAUUUGACCAUAUGUCGAGAGUACAUAUUGCUAUUUUAAUAAUUUGACUGUAUACAAGAAUAUUAUACGUGAGAGAUUUUAUCGUAUAUAUGAUGAUAUUUUAACGAUAUGAAAGAAGAAAUUACGUAUAUGAGAAUAAUUAAGACUAGCUAAGAGAAAAUUGAUUCCGUUGGAAAUUAUGAAAUUUCUAUUAACUAUUCACUUACGACGUGAAUAUAAUGCGCUAUCGAUCGGUGCGACGUAUAUAUACAUAAAUUCACUCUGACAAAUGAAAAGAUCGCUCCGCGUGAUCGUACUAAACGGCGAAGAUUUUCGAGAUAUUAUGAACCGUUUGCGACAGCAGCGCGUUCAAAGCAACGAUUAAUAUUGGUACAAUUUUGCCGAGUUCAUUUAGAUGUUAAGAGUAUACAGAAUCAUUAGUCUUAUGCUUAUUCGAAUAGAUGAAACGCGAUGUUCGACACAAGAUCUUUUUUCGCAUACCAGUGGCGUCGAAAAUUGUACUCGGCGAAAUGACGUACACCGAUAUUAAAUCGUGCUUUGAAACGCGAUCGAUGACACAAGCUGCGGAGGCAAAAGCCGGUGUCGUUCCGAGUUUUCUUUUGGAAAACGCGUUUACGGUUUCUCGCGAUGUCGGAAGAGGAUGAUCGUAAUAUCGAGACACGGAGACGACGAUCGGGAACGUCGAGCAUUUAUGUGAUUCUUAGCAGCACAUGGUAUACCUUGUUAUUGUUUAAGAAUUCGUUUUCUUUUUUUUCUUAUCGUUAGGCAAAUUGCAGUAAUUGUUUUAUAUAUACGUAAUGUUCACAGCAAGAAGAGAGCAACGUUUUGGGAAAGUAACAAAAAAAAAAAAAAA